UGUUGCGUGUCCAUUAAACCCUAACUCCUUACCAACGAUUCCUUCAGCGCGGCUGAGGACGAUCCGCCCAAGUCUUCUUAGGCAAGCUUCCUCUCUUCCGCUCUCGAUCCCUCCGUUUCUUCAAGCUAUUCUUUUCCUCUGGUGUUCUUCUCGGUGAUUGCUCUCUCUUUCACGUCGGUCAGCAGCGGAGUCCUUCGUCACUUUAUCGCUGCCAUGUCGUCGAUUGGAGAGCUCGCCUGCACCUACGCCGCGCUCAUCCUCCACGACGACGGCAUACCCAUCACGUCGGAGAAGAUCUUAACCGUAGUUAAGGCGGCCAAUCUGACUAUCGACUCCUACUGGGCGCCCCUCUUCGCCAAGCUCCUCGAGAAGAGAAGCGUCGACGAUCUCAUCUUGAGCGUUGGAUCCGGAGGUGGCGGUGCUUCGGUUGCAGUCUCUGCUGCCCCUGCUGCUGGUGCGGGUGGUGGUGCUGCCGCUGCUGCCGCUCCUGCGGCUGAGGAGAAAAAGGAGGAACCCAAGGAGGAGAGCGACGACGACAUGGGAUUCAGCUUGUUUGAUUAGAGAGAAAGCGAGAGCACUGCUUUAGUACUAUUGCCGAUUUAAGUCUUUUCCUGAUUUUGGUGUUAUGACGUUCAAUUUUGCUUCUAACACAUUUGCGUAUGUCAACUCAAGGUGGCAGGAUUAUUUCUAAUGGAAUGUAAGAAUUUUUCAUGUUGGUAUAUGAUGUUUCUAUUUAGCGAA